GUCAUCGAAACGAGUCUUUUUCCAGUCAUAAACCUCCAGUCUGAGGAUCAAAAAAAAAACCCCCCAGGUCUCUCUCUCUCUCUCUCUCUCUCUCUCUCAUCGGAAUUGGAAGGAGAAAGAUGGCCUUGGGGAAGGAAGACGUGGGGGAGAUUCUGAAGCCUCGCACUGACAACAGAGAGUACCGAAGAAUCGUCCUCGACAACUUCCUUGAAGCCCUCCUCAUUAGCGACCCCGACACCGACAAGUGUGCUGCUUCCAUGGAUGUUCGAAUCGGUUCUUUUUGCGACCCCGAUGGUCUCGAAGGGCUCGCGCAUUUCCUUGAGCAUAUGCUGUUUUAUGCCAGUGAGAAGUAUCCCUUGGAGGAUAGUUACUCGAAGUACAUUACGGAGCAUGGUGGUAGCACGAAUGCUUUCACAUCUUCUGAGCACACCAACUACUAUUUUGAUGUUAAUGUUGACUGUUUCGAGGAAGCUUUGGACAGAUUUGCACAGUUCUUUAUCAAGCCGUUGAUGUCGGCUGAUGCUACGACUAGGGAAAUAAAAGCUGUUGAUUCUGAGAACCAAAAUAAUUUACUUUCUGAUGCUUGGAGAAUGAACCAGCUUCAGAAACAUGUAAGUGCUGAGAGUCACCCCUAUCAUAAAUUCAGUACAGGGAACUGGGAUACUUUGGAGGUUAAGCCAAAGGCAAGAGGGAUGGAUACAAGGCACGAGCUUCUCAAGUUAUAUGAAGAAAAUUAUUCGUCCAACCUCAUGCAUCUGGUUGUAUAUGCUAAAGAGGGCCUCGAUAAAAUUCAAAGCAUGGUGGAGUACAAGUUCCAGGAAAUUCGAAAUAUUGAUCGAAAUUGUCCCAGCUUUCCUGGUCAUCCUUGCACAUCAGAACACCUUCAGGUUCUUGUCAAAGCUGUCCCAAUUAAACAAGGUCACAAGUUGAGGAUCAUCUGGCCAAUAACUCCUUGCAUUCGCUAUUAUAAGGAAGGGCCAAGCAGGUAUCUUAGUCACUUGAUUGGCCAUGAAGGAGAAGGCUCUGUGUUCUACGUUUUGAAAACUUUGGGUUGGGCUACUAGUUUGUCAGCAGGCGAAUCAGAUUGGACCUGCGAGUUCUCUUUCUUCAAAGUAGUUAUUGAUCUGACUGAUGCUGGGCAUGAGCAUGUUGAGGAUAUUGUGGGGCUGGUGUUAAAUUAUGUCCACCUUUUGCAACAGUCUGGUCCUUGCAAAUGGAUAUUUGAUGAGCUUUCAGCCAUUGGUGAGACAGUGUUCCAUUAUCAAGACAAAACUUCACCAAUUCAUUAUGUGGUUAAUGUUGCGUCAAACAUGCAGUUGUAUCCUCCUAAAGAUUGGCUAGUGGGCUCAUCCUUGCCAUCUAUAUUCAGCCCAAGCAUCAUUCAAUCAACCCUCAGCGAGCUUACCCCGAACAAUGUCAGAAUUUUUUGGGAGUCAACAAAAUUUGAAGGGCAUACUGACAAGACUGAGCCGUGGUAUGGAACUGCCUACUCCAUCGAGAAAAUCACUGGUUCCAUAAUUCAGCAAUGGAUGAAAUCAGCCCCUGAUGAACAUCUGCAUCUACCUGCUCCCAAUGUGUUCAUUCCUACUGAUUUAUCUCUUAGGAAUGUUCUAGGGAAGGUUGAGUUUCCCCUUCUAUUAAGGAAAUCAUCCUAUUCAAGAUUGUGGUACAAGCCUGAUACGAGGUUCUCCACUCCUAAGGCAUAUGUUAAGAUAGAUUUUAACUGUCCCUAUGCUGGCAAGUCCCCCGAAGCAGAAGUUCUUACUGACAUGUUCACACGCCUGUUGAUGGAUUACUUGAAUGAAUAUGCUUAUUAUGCUCAGGUUGCUGGUCUUUCUUAUGCAAUAAAUCACACUGGUGAUGGCUUUCAGGUGACUGUGGUUGGUUAUAAUCACAAAUUAAGGAUCUUAGUGGAAACAGUAAUCGAGAAGAUUGCGAAGUUUGAAGUGAAGCCCGAAAGGUUUGCUGUGAUCAAGGAAAUGGUUGCAAAGGACUAUCAAAAUUUCAAGUUUCAACAACCUUAUCAGCAGGCUAUGUACUACUGCUCAUUAAUAUUAGAGGAUCAAACAUGGCCUUGGAAUGAUGGACUUGAAGCUCUUCCUCAUCUUCAAGCUGAUAAUCUCACUCAAUUUUUUCCCCUGAUGCUCUCAAGGACCUUCUUGGAGUGCUACAUUUCAGGAAACAUGGAACCAAAUGAAGCAGAGUCAAUGAUUCAGCACAUUGAAGAUGUUUUGUUUAAGGGUCCCCAGCCUAUAUCCCAAGCUCUAUUCCCUUCUCAGCAUUUGACAAAUAGAGUUAUUAAGCUUGAAAGGGGCAUAAGUUACUUCUAUCUGGCGGAAGGCCUGAAUCCAAGUGAUGAAAAUUCUGCCCUUGUCCACUAUAUUCAGGUUCAUCAAGAUGAGUUCCUGUUGAAUGUUAAACUCCAGCUUUUUGCUUUAAUUGCAAAGCAACCAGCCUUCCACCAACUUAGAUCAGUUGAGCAACUUGGGUACAUUACUGUGCUCAUGCAAAGGUAUGACUCUGGAAUCCGGGGAGUGCAGUUUAUCAUUCAAUCCACUGCUAAGGGUCCUAGAAAUAUUGGUUUAAGAGUUGAGGCAUUUCUCAAAAUGUUUGAGAGCAAACUUUAUGAAAUGUCAGAUGAUGAAUUCAAGAGCAAUGUUACAGCACUGAUUGACAUGAAGCUUGAGAAGCACAAGAAUUUAAGGGAAGAAUCUGCAUUUUACUGGAGAGAGAUAUUGGACGGCACCCUCAAAUUUGAUCGGAGAGCAUGUGAGGUUGCAGCUCUAAAGCAGUUGACUCAAAAGGAAUUGAUAGAUUUCUUUGAUGAAUAUGUAAAAGUCGGUGCCCCUCGAAAGAAGGCAUUAAGCAUUCAAGUCUAUGGGAGCUUACACAACUCCGAAUACAAGACAGACCAAACUGAACCAAACGAACCCAAUUCUGUCCGGAUAGAUGAUAUUUUCAGUUUCCGGAGAUCACGCCCUCUUUAUGGUUCAUUUAAAGGAGGUUUUGCUCAUAUGAAAUUGUAAGGAAUCAUCUCAAUUGGGAUAGGCUUCUGCAGAAAACGGAAGACUGCAAAUGGUGUCGUUGACCUUGAACUACUGUUGCUUCGAAAUUCCAUUGAGGGCAUCUGGAAUUAGCCAGGAUUUUAAAUUCCAUCUACUGGGAUCUCUAAAAGCUAGAAAACUUGUACCAUCCCGGUGUUUCCAGACAUGGACACCCAUUGAUUUUAUAGCACAGGAGUCUCCUCUCUCUUUUUUUUUUAAUAAUUGCAUUCGGGCAUUAAUAGUGAAAUGAAGCAUCAUUGUUGCUUUCUUGAUGCAUAAGUGGCUGCUCUCUUUUUAUUUCUCAGUUGUGUGGCCAUGGAACUAAGUAAUGAAGUUGAUUUUGUAAUUGUUGUUACUACUUUGUUUUAUGCAGUAAUGGAUGCUUUAGUUAGGACUGUAAACAAGUUGAGUCAAAGUAGUAUCGGGUUGGAGUUUGGUAAAUUUGGAUUUGAAAAUUAUUGAAUUUUAAAGGUAUGUUCAAGUUUUAUUUGUUUAUUAUCUGUGCCAAUUGUUUGAAAUGAGUUUUACUUGAGUCGAGCUUGGUUUCUUCGUACGGUAUUAAGAGUAUCAAGUUAAUAAAGCUGUGUUAAAGCUUGGUUUCUUAAUUUUAUUUUCCCCAAAACUAUACGAAUAAUAGAAAAUAUGUGUACAGGACUGCAAACGAGCUUGAGCUAUGUUAUGUUAUGUUCGAGCUUGGCUCGUUUACUAAAUGAGCCAAAAAUUCGUGUUUGAGCUUGGCUCGGCUAUAAACUAGCAGAGUUCUUAAUGAGCUUAGUCAAGCUUUGGAGUGUUAAACUCGGCUUAUUUACUAAAUGAGCUCAAUACUCGAGCUUGGUUCAACUACCAAACGAGCCAAGCCCUAACGAAGCAAGUAGCUCGGUUUGUUUAUAGCCUUACGUGCUUUAUGAUCGACAUUAAAAAUGUUAUUCCAAUUCUCCGAAUUGGCUCGUGUUGCAGAUGUUCUCAAGCCAACUUGUUUUGCGCUUUUGCAGGUAAAAGAUGCAUAUUUCAACCUGGUUUGCUUCUACAACAUUUUAACGAAAUAAAUUAGAACCCUUUGUUUCUUUUCUUCAAUGUCUCAUGUUUGCCCAAUAAAUAACAAUUAGAUCAAAAAAUUAAAAAAAAAUGGUACAUCAUUUUCUUUGUGCUAAAUCUCUAUCUAAAGGUCUUUCAGACCAAAGAAUAAAUAAUGGCAUCUGUGGUAUCAAAACUCAGUGUAUCCACUCCAAAACUGGUCCUCUGGAUCCGGGUAUUGUCUUGAAUCUGCACGAAAGCUCCACCGUCGCCGGCGUGCGAGUGGUGGUGAUCGUGGUGGUCGUCGGCGUUGGACGGCGGGUGGUAGUACAGCCGAGCUGUAUGAGGGCAGUGAGAGUGGAACCUGGCUGCUAUUCUCACCCCUGCAUCCAAUAUCUCCAAAUACUUCCCCAUCACUAUAUACUAUAUAUGUUUGUGUAUAUAGAGACAGGAAGAUUUAAGAGAGAGAAGCUCAGAAGCACCUAGAGAGAGAGAGAGAGAGGAACUGAUUUGU